CUUCACUCUUUGUUUCUUUCCUCUCUGCUUAAUCUCGUCAGCUAAUGAGAGUUUAAUUUAAACCAUAGAAAACAAACGUAAAUCAGCCAGCCAUGGAUGUUCUCAGAGCUUCUUCCGCCAUUGUACCUGCACCAUUCAUUCCAACAAGCAAAACCCAGUUUCAUAAACCCAUCUUUCACAACUUUACACCAAAACCCGGGUUCAAAUCAUCUUUCCAUAGAAACCCAUCAAAAUCCAGGUUGUUUACAACCUUAUCAUCGUCCCCAACGACGGAAUCCGUUGAGCCACCUCAGCCGGAAGUUGAGAUCGACAGUGGGAAAGAGAAAUUCGAUUGGUACUCGCAGUGGUACCCGGUGAUGCCGGUGUGUGAUUUGGAGAAAACGAAGCCGCACGCGAAGAAGAUAUUGGGACUUGAUCUCGUGGUGUGGUGGGAUAGGAAUGAGAAUGAAUGGAAAGUGUUUGAUGAUACGUGUCCUCACAGAUUGGCUCCUUUGUCGGAGGGAAGAAUCGAUCAAUGGGGAAGAUUGCAGUGUGUUUACCAUGGUUGGUGCUUUGGUGGUAAUGGUGACUGUAAGAUUAUUCCCCAAGCUCCCCUUGAUGGACCCCCGGUGCAUACAUUCAAGAAAGCAUGUGUGGCUGUUUAUCCGAGCACGGUGCAGCAUGAUAUUGUGUGGGUUUGGCCAAAUGCUGAUCCUCAAUACAAAGAUAUUAUAACGAAGAAAAAGCCCCCUUACAUUCCUGUAUUGGAUGAUCCUUCAUACACAAAGCUGAUGGGAAACCGAGAUAUUCCUUACGGGUAUGAUGUGUUGGUUGAAAACCUUAUGGAUCCAUCUCAUGUUCCGUAUGCACAUUACGGACUAAUGCGCACUAGGACCCCUACGGUGAAGGUCGACAGAGAAGGGGGCAGACCACUUGAGAUGCGAGUCAAGAAGCUCGAUAUAAAUGGUUACGCUGCAACGCAGGACUGGAGCAAUAUGAACUUUAUUGCACCUUGCAUCUUUCAUGCUUUCGCCGAUUCUGAUACUGAUACUGAUUCUGAAGUUGAUCGAGGAAACGGAUCUGCAGCAUCUUCUGAAUCCCAAAAGGCACCACCGCCGAAUCGAAGACUUUCUUUGAUUUUUAUGUGUGUUCCGGUCAGUCCUGGUAAUAGCAGAUUGAUUUGGACUUUCCCGAGAAACUUUGGUGUUUGGAUUGACAGAAUUGUUCCAAGAUGGCUGUUUCACAUUGGACAAAACCUGAUUCUUGAUUCUGAUUUGUAUCUUCUUCAUGUUGAGGAGCGUAAGAUAAUGGAAAUCGGGUCUACCAACUGGCAAAAAGCUUGUUUUGUGCCUACGAAGUCGGAUGCCUUAGUGGUCGGUUUCCGAAGGUGGUUCAACAAGUAUGCCGGCGGUGAGAUUGAUUGGAAAGGGAAGUUUAGUGGAGCUCUUCCUCCGACUCCUCCUAGAGAACAGCUGAUGGACAGGUACUGGACACAUGUGGUGAAUUGCAAGAGUUGCAAAACUGCGUAUAAAGGUCUCAACGCGCUCGAAGUAUUACUGCAAAUCGUAUCGGUUAUUUCCAUCGGGAUCGUUGCUGCAAUGAAGCAGAACAUGAUGUCGAUGGUGGCUAGAACAGCGAUCGUAUCGACGGCCAUAGUUUGCUUUGCAGCUUCAAGAUGGUUGGCUCAUUUCAUCUACAAGACUUUCCAUUACCAUGACUAUAACCACGCCGUUGUGUGAAUUUGAUGUGAAUAUGACACCCUUUACUUUGUAUGUAAGAUUAAUUUUUCUUUUUAAAAUA